GCAGUCCGUGCUCUGAGGUCGGUGGGGGUGCACGUGUGUGCUGUGCUGUCUCGCGAUAGGUCUGAGGAGGAGCGGUCAGUCGGCCGCCGCUGUGGUGUGACGCCUGGCAUGGGCAGCGGAGUCUGUCGAGCUGCAGUCCGCCAGUGACAGUGCCGAGUCGGCCGGUGACGCGCACACGAGUGGCAGAUAUGGCCCGCGGUCCCACCGAGUGGCUGCUGACGCUGCUGGCAGUGCUGCUGUUCUGCGGCAGCGCCUCCGCCACAAAGAUCUUCUACAUCCACUGGAACACAACCAACCCCAUAUUCCAGAUCAGCAACACAGACCACAUCAUCGACGUCAACAAGGGCAACAACCUGUUCGAGUACGACCAGGUGACCAUUAUCUGUCCGAGCUACAGUGAAUGGACCAAGGAAGAGGAUACGGAGAAAUACAUCAUAUAUAACGUGUCGAAGGAGGAGUACGACACAUGUCGGAUCACCAACCCGAACCCGCGCAUCAUCGCUGUCUGCGACAAGCCGUACAAGCUGAUGUUCUUCACCAUCACCUUCCGGUCAUUCACACCUCAGCCGGGAGGGCUAGAGUUCCGGCCCGGCCAGGACUACUUCUUCAUCUCCACCUCUGCCCGGGGCGACAUGCUGCGUCGGAUCGGCGGCCGGUGUUCGACGCACAACAUGAAGGUGGUCUUCAAGGUGUGCUGUAACGAGACAAGCCAGAACCGCAUCCCCGACCACGGCGGCCCAGCGCUGCUGCCGGGCCCGGGUCUCCAGACACCGGCGCCGGCGCCGCCGCCGUUACCCGCUGACGAGGCUGUGUCGGAGACGACGCUGCCGCCGCCGGCGUGGCUGCCGCCGCGCGCGUCCUCACCGCGCAGCACGGCCCGGCCCACGCCACGGCACUCGUACAAGGGAGGCUACAAUGUGCCGACCAUCAACGUCAAGGCCACCACAGAGAAACAAGACGAGUACGGCAAAAAGAAGCACCCGAACGACGUGGCCAAGAACGAGGGUCUGACGUCGUCGGCGUCGACGCCAGCGACGGGCGUGGUGCGCCGCGCAGACUUAAUGUGUGUCUCUGUGGCCGUGAGCAUAGCUGGGCUGCUGCUGCUGCGGCCGGGGCCCGGCUGAUCGGCCGCCGCGCCCUAGCCGAGCUGUGAAUACCCGCGGACUGUACAGCGAGUGGGGCCGCCGCGGUGCUGCCACCUAUGGACGUCAGGACGACAGUGUGGUUGCGCUGCGCGCCGCCGCGGCGCUGCUGUCGACUCGGCGAGCGCCGCGUCAAGCUUUACUUUGUGAUUGAAGAUAUUUUACCGGCCAGAUGGCCAUUGUGAUACGUUUUACUUGUAUUGACUAUCUGUGAGUGUUACAUGGAUGAUGACUGACGCCUUCCUUCUGUGGGCCAACCGUGUGCUUGUGCGUGUGCGUGUGUAUGUGUGGGUGUACACACGAUGUGAAUAAGUCAUAGUAUGUGCGGCGAUCGGUAGCAUUGGCCGGUGGCGGAGGGCCUUCGGUCGCCCGUCGAGCCGCGGGCCGCCGCUGUCGACAGACACCCGUUAGCGCAAGUGCCUCCAGUGCCGAGCCACCCGUCUAGGAGUGAGUGAGCACGGAGGAGGGAGCCGCGUGAUCGGUCGCUGUAUCUCGUUGUGUUCGUGUUGGCCGUUUGGUUGUUCAGUGGCGUGUUAUGUGAGCUGUUCUGUCUCUCGCUCUGCCUCUGUCUCUGUCUCCGCCUGUGUCUCCACUGGACGUUCCUGACUGACCCAUUUGCUCAGUGACUGUGUGCCGAACGAACCGACCUUACUUGGCGCAGCCGCGCCAACACGAACUUGGGUGUCAUCAAAAGUCGCGUGCCAUAUGAACACUGUUUUCGUUGUGUUCCGCAUUCUUUCAGGUCGACUGUUUUGCGUGUCAUUGGGGCCUGUAUUGGACUUUCCAUCUCCGUUCUGCCGGCAAUCUGUGCUCAUUUGUUACGGUUUGUUUGGACUGCGUAAGCCAGCUGUACGCAUGUGUCGAACGAUUCUCCCACGAUUACAAUAUCUUUUAUAUCUAGCCUGUAAUUGUACCUAAUAAAUAUGUGUCAUGGAAAA